AUGAAACAGACAAACAUCUUUAUUUAGAGCUCUCAAUAUAUUGCAGAAUAAUCAGAACCAAUUAAAUUUAUAGAAUUUUCAAGUAAGCCUUAUUUGGAUGAAUCAAAUAUAUAUACUUAUAGAAAUUAAGAAAAGUUUGGAAGAUUUAAAUUGGUUCAUAGAAGUUAUUAUUAUAUAAUAUAAUUUAGAUAGAGAAUCCAUAUAGAUCAAGUUGGGCUAACUAAAUUUUAAAUAAACAUUAUAAUAUUGAAAUUGUUGAAAAGGAGAGUAAAAUUAAAAUAAAGAAAUUGCCAGCCACUGAAGGUGCAUCUUAAACUUUAAUAAAUCAUUUACCUGCUAUUUAGACAUAAAAUAAAAGAGACAGAAGUUAAUUUCUAUCUAGCAUCUCUCAUUAUGCUAAAAAUAAUUAAGAAAACUUCUUUAAACAAAAAAGAAAAUAUCAUAUUUCUACAUCUAGAGAAAACAAUAGUUCUAAUAUACAAAAUUCAUUAUAUCAAUAAACAGAAGUGAAUGAUGUAUUAUCUCUAUUAUAAGUCAAAAGUUAAGAUAGAUUAAUGCCAAUUUUUGAUGUUAAUUUUAAAACAAAUCUUUUAUAAUACGAUUUAUGA